AGUAAUCAUAAUCAGUAGCUAUGAGAGAGCUGCAGAUAGGGAGAAAGAAAUUAGAGAUGACAAGGCACUCCGUAGCCUUAAUUGAGAAAAUGAAAAAGCCAUAUAUACUGGCCAAGAGAUACGAAUGGGAAGAAUUCGGCAGAUUUUUCAACAAACACAAGGAUCUAUUGGACAAGCAAAUUGACUUGCACCACAGCACUCCUCUUCACUACGCAGCUCACUGUGGGAACCCAACAAUGUACAGGGAAAUGAUCGAGUGGGUGGGAGAGGGAGACAUCAAGCGUGUGCUGAGGUUGCAGGACGACAUGGGGAACACUCCGCUUCACGAGGUGGCAUUCACUGGAGAAGUGGAAAUGACCAAGAGCAUUCUGGAGCACGAGGAGGAAGAAGGCCCAAAUCAGCAGUAUGAGCCAUUGCUGCGAAUGAGAAACAAAUUGGGAGAAACCGCCGUCUAUAGAGCUGCUGCACUUGGAAAAACUGACUUGCUCAGCUUCUUCCUUCAAGACUUGGGAGCAGAUGCUCAUCGUGAUAUACAUUUUCACCGAAAGGGGGAUAAGAUGUCCAUUCUGCACACUGCUGUCAUUGAUCAAUUCUUUGGCACAGCUUUAUGGAUAUUGGAAAGAUAUGAACACCUCGCUUAUGAAAAGGAAGACAAUGAACUCACAACUCUGCAAUUGCUAGCCAAAAUGCCCUCUACGUUUAAAAGUCAAACCCAAAUGGGGCCUUUGAAAAAUUUCAUAUACCUCUUGCUUCCUAACUUUCAAGAUUACAAAUACUACAAUCAAAAUAAGGAAUACACAACCAAAAAGGAAGAUUUGGAGAGUGGCAGGGAGGACAAAAAUGAGCCAUCUCCAACUCAAAUGAAGCUCGAGGAUAAUACGAGAGAAGGGCAAAUUUUGAAAAGUGGCGGGAAGGCAAGGAGAAAUGAACCACCUACAACUCAAAGGAAACUAUCAGCUUUUUCAUGGAUGUGGUAUACCAUGUGGAAGAUUAUGGCCAAAGAAUGGAAAGAGAUUGAUAAACUUUGGAGGAAAAAGGAAAUGCAUAAUUUAGCAAAGGAACUUGUAAACUUGCUAGCACAAAAAGACUAUUCAUGGCGAAAUACUGCUAUUGCAAGGGAUAGAACAGUUUCCAUGGGGAGAUCACAACAAGAAGGAAAGCCUAAAGAAAUAAAAGGGAAACAAGAGGAAGGAGAAAAACAAGAGGGUGCAAGCAAACCAACAUAUACCCCCUUGCUUAUGGCUGCUUGCAAUGGAAUUACAGAGAUUGUUGAAGUUAUAAUUCAUUUCCAUCCUCAUUCGAUUGAGCAUGUUAGUGACGACGAGCAGAACAUAUUAUACAUGGCUGUCAAACACCGCCAGAAGAAAAUUUACCAAAUCUUAAAGAAAUUGAAAAUGGUAAGAAGUCUUGCUGGAAAAAUUGACAAGGAAAGUAACACUGUCCUUCACUACACUGCAGAAUUUCAAGGGGGUUCCCAACCGGGUUUUGCUCUGCAACUGCAAGAGGAGUUGCAUUGGUUCGAUCGGAUAGAAAAGAGACUCCCUUAUCAUUACACCAUUCACAAGAACCAAUACAACAAAACAGCAAAGCAACUUUUUGUGGAAAAGCAUGAAGCACUGCUCAACGAUGCUCGUGAAUGGAUAAAAGAAACUGCUCAAUCAUGCUCUGCAGUAGCUGUUCUUGUUGCCACUGUUGUCUUUGCCGCGGCAUACACUGUCCCUGGAGGCACAGAUGACAAUGGAUUCCCUAGAUUUCUUCAUGAAACUAUAUUCAUGGUGUUCACAAUUAUGGAUAUUGUGGCUCUUGUAAGUUCACUCGGUUCGGUGAUUAUGUUCCUUUCAAUCCUCACAUCACCUUGUGAGAUGUGGGAUUUUCGGAAGUCUCUCCCGAGGAAACUGAACACAGGUUUUGCCUUGCUGUUCUUCUCCAUGGCCACAACAAUGCUAUCAUUCAGUGCAACAAUUCUGAUCAACAUCAAGUUAGAGAAGAACAAAUGGACUUCAAGUUUGACAUAUGCUGCAGCAUUCUUUCCUGUCUGUAUAUUUGCAUUGGUGCAGUUCCCUCUAUAUGUUGCCAUGAAAGGAUGUGUGCGGAGCAUGCUUAGGAACCUUAAGAAGAUCAUUCCUCGUUUCCUCCUCAACUUGCUCAAAAAGAGCAGGAGAAAGAAAUUGUGGGACAUUUGAAUUGGAAAUUCUAUUUUGUGCCCCCCUCCCCUUCCUUUUUUUUUUCAUAUUUUAUCUUCAAUUGUAGUUUCUUUUGUUUUUGUGCAUUUGGCUAUUGGCUAUGCCACUUUACUUUUUUAAGGUCGUCAACAUGCAGUGAUUGUAUAGCCGUAUGGGUUAUUUGUGGUAAAAUAACCAUUGGACAUGGAUGUCCAUGAAUAAGAGCAUAUUACGUCUUUAUCGUGA